CCCCUCACUGUCAGAAAAUGGCCGGGACCCAGCCUUCCACUGCCAACUUGUGUCACUAUUUUAGCAGGUGUGAUACAGAGGCUCAGGACCCUGGGCCCAGUGGUGUUGAUAAUGACACUGAGGGUCCCUCGACUUCAUCGGGCACAACUGGGCGCUCUUCUGCUCCAGACCUGCCCGGAUUUUACUUCGAUCCUGAGAAGAACCGCUAUUUCCGUUUGCUCCCUGGUCAUAACAACUGCAACCCCCUCACCAAAGACAGCAUCUGGCUGAAGAGCAUGGAGAGCCGGAGGCUGCAGCUGCUGGAGGCAGAGGACAGGCAGACGAAGAAAAUAGCCAGAACAGGCUGUAAUGCCUCUUCCUUGCUACACAGAAGAAAGCUGGGUAUUCUCAAUGUUAACAGCUAUUGCCGAUUAGCCCAUGAGUUGCGGGUGAGCUGCAUGCAGAGGAGGAGGGUCACCAUUCAACGCGUAGAUUCUUCUGCUAUGGCAAGCAACCGAUUUAACUUCAUUUUGGCAAACUCCACCUAUGACCAGCUCUUCACAGUGAACGACGUCCAGAUGGGUGGCUCCAAAUACGGCAUCAUCAACCUGCAGGGUCUGCAGGCCACCCAGCCUGUGGUGCACAUGCACGAAAACCUCUACUUCACCAACCGGAAGGUGAAUUCUGUGUGCUGGGCCUCGCUGAACCACCCGGAUUCCCACAUCUUGCUGUGCCUCCUGGGGUUUGCAGAGACACCGGGCUGUGCCACCCUGCUUCCAGCUUCGCUGUUUGUCAACAGUAACACAGCAGGAGACCGGCCUGGCAUGCUCUGCAGCUUCCGGAUCCCCGGGGCCUGGUCCUGUGCGUGGUCCCUCAACACGCAGGCCAGCAACUGCUUCAGCACAGGCUUGUCUCGGCGGAUCUUGGUGACCAAUGUGGUGACAGGCCACCGGCAGGCAUAUAGGACCAGCAGUGACGUCCUGGCUCAGCGUUUUGCAGUCCAGGCUCCUUUGCUGUUUAAUGGCUGUCGUUCCGGGGAGAUCUUUGCCAUUGAUCUGCGUGCUCGAAAUAAGAGCAAAGGCUGGAAGGCCACCAGCCUCUUCCACGACGUGGCAGUGACGUCAGUGUACGUCUUCAAGGACGAGCAAUACCUGAUGGCAUCCGACAUGGCAGGACAGAUCAAGCUUUGGGACCUGAGGACCACCCGGUGCCUGCGGCAGUACGAGGGUCAUGUGAACGAGUAUGCCCGCCUGCCCCUGCACGUGCACGAAGAAGAGGGCUUGGUGAUGGCAGUGGGCCUGGAUUGCUAUACAAGAUUCUGGAGCCUGCAUGAUGCCCAGCUGCUGAGAACCAUCCCCUCCCCGCAGCCCGCCACCAAGCCCGACAUUCCUAGCGUGGCCUUCUCGUCUCACCUCGGGGGCUCCCAGGGAUCGCCGGGAUUGCUCAUGGCCCUCCAUAGGGACCUUUAUUACUUCUCUUACAGCUGAACAG